CAACCUCAUUCCAACAUGGCCGCGCACUGAGAGAAGCUCUUGCAACACUCCCAGCUCUCAUGACGAAUAUCAGCGCGUAACGGAGUAGAUUUUUCCCACGUUGUGAAUAGACGUGUGUCGGGAUGUGGCCGCAGCUUCGCUCGGUCUGCUCCGGAAGCCGGACGAUCUGCAGAAGAGGCGCUGCUCUGUCAAAGCCGCCAAAGCUAACGGCUAAUGCUAACGUCAGUCACUUCACCCAAUCAGCUGCACUGUGUGCACCGACAAGCUCAGCUCUGCAGUACAGACAACACGGGGACCCCUCUCAAGUCGUCAAGUUGGAAGAUAUAGAUCUGCCACCCAUAGGUGCAAAGGAUGUCCUGGUUAAAAUCCUGGCAGCCCCCAUCAACCCGUCUGACAUCAACAUGAUUCAAGGUACUUACGCCAUCCUGCCUGACCUCCCUGCUGUUGGAGGCAACGAAGGGGUGGCCCAAGUCCUAGAGGUGGGCAGCCUGGUGAAGUCCCUCAAAACAGGAGACUGGGUCAUCCCAAGAGAUGCUGGUCUAGGUAUGUGGAGGACAGAGGCAGUGUUCUCUGAAGACGAUGUCAUCUCUCUCCCGAAUGACAUUCCCCUGCUGUCUGCUGCCACGCUGGGGGUUAACCCCUGCACUGCCUUCAGGAUGCUCUCUGACUUUGAAGAUCUUAAGCCAGGUGACACAGUCAUCCAGAAUGCCGCUAACAGUGGAGUCGGGCAGGCUGUCAUACAGAUUGCUGCUUCAAGAGGAGUGAACACAAUCAAUGUCGUCCGAGACAGCUCACUUCCCUGUUCCUCACCAUAUAUCAAGUCCUUCCUGAAAACGGAAAAGAAAGAAUGCUUCAUCCUAGUCAUUGGCUUCGGUUAUCAGUCUGUCCCUGAAUCCCUGCCAGAGUUCACACAGCUCAGUGAUAGGUUGAAGGCCAUCGGAGCAACUCAUGUGAUUAAAGAAGAGGCCCUGAGGCGGCCUGAGUUUAAGGAGCUGUUAAAGAGAUUUCCAAAGCCAAAACUGGCGUUAAAUGGAGUUGGAGGCAAGAGUGCAACAGAACUGCUCCGUCAUCUACAGAUUGGAGGCUCCAUGGUGACGUAUGGAGGGAUGGCCAAACAGCCGGUUACUGUCCCUGUGAGCGCUCUUAUCUUCAAGGAUGUGAAGGUUCGGGGGUUUUGGGUCACACAGUGGAAGAGAGAUCACUCAAAAGAUGAACGAGCAGUCCGAGCCAUGGUUGAUGAACUGUGCUCCCUCAUCCAGCAGAGAAAGCUCACAGCCCCUGCCUGCACCGAGGUUGGACUCCGAGACUUCAGCAAAGCUCUUGAAUCGUCUAUGAAGCCUUUCACUUCUGCUAAACAGGUCCUAAUAAUCUGAAUGGCCCGGUCUUAUCAAGAAAAACUGUCAAGAUCCCAGUGUAUGGACUGAAGUGUGUUGUUUAUGUGUCAAAUACACUGCUCCCGCACAUGGACUACUCAAUAAAUGUGUCUGUAAUUGG